CGUUCGCCCCCGUUGUUAUGACGACACGGUCGUAAAAACCGCCAUUUUGCGCUGUGCCUCAGCCGCUGUGCGCUCGUUUCGUUACGACAGAGGAGGAGAAGUGAGCCCUGGCUGGGAUGAGCUCGGAGCCGGGGGUGGGGGAGACGGAGGAGGCAGCUCCCAGCAGUCCGCUCAGCCUAGCCGAGCCCGCGGCGGCCCUCAUCUGCCACUACAGGGAGGAAGAUGAAGACGACGUGCAUAAAUGUGGCCGCUGUCAAACGGAAUUCACGAGCCUGGAAGAGUUUGUCCAGCACAAGGUACAAAAGGUGUGUCAGAAGGUGGUGGAGCCGUCCCUGGAGCCUUCCAUACCAGUCCUCAGCACCCAGGAGCAGGUGGUUCCUUGUGUGGAAGAUCCGGUGAGCAUUACCCAUGUUGUUGUGGAGGCCUCAUCGUUAUCAGAGGAGAUCAUCACUGCAGACGGUGAAGCAGCCUCUGAAGAGUUAAAAGAAGCUAUCCCCACCGAGGAGACUGUUGAGGAUGAGCAGAGAAGCGAUACCCAGGAAUAUGAAUUGGAUUGGCAUGGUAGCUCGGAGGAGGCCCCUUCACAAGAGGAGACCCCGGUGAUGAAAAUGGUGGUGGACGAGAAAGGGCGUUAUGUGUGCCAACUGUGUGAGAAGACAUUUAAGACCGCUAACAUUCUGAAAGCACACAUGCUCAUCCACACCAAUAGAAAAGACUUUGUUUGUAGAAUGUGCGGAGACGCCUUCAGGACAAAGGGCUCUCUAAUUAGACACCACCGACGGCACACAGAUGAGCGACCGUACGUCUGCUCAAAGUGUGGCAAGAGUUUCAGAGAAUCUGGGGCAUUAUCACGGCACAUGAGGUCCCUCACUCCCUGCACUGAGAAGUUGAUGAUCAACAUGGAGAAAACCUAUAUGAACAGCCGGGAUGAGAACUCGUCGGACCUUGCUUCUACAGACACUUCUUCCCAGACCGGGACAGAUGAGGUCAAUGGCUCUCCAGUGGUGCGAUUUAUGGCAGAUGAGAAGGGCAAUCUACUGCACGAGGUCCAGGUGCAAGCAGUGGCCGUCAAACCUCGGACAGAAAUCAUACUAGCCAACACGGAAGAAUUGGUGUGUCCUCAGUGUGGUGAAAUCUGCAAGACAAGCAACUCCUUGAAAGUGCACUUGAAGGGCCAUGAAGGUUGUAAACUGUACCGCUGCGAUCAGUGCGGCCGGGAGUUCUUGAAGGCUCACCUGCUCAGGAAGCAUCGGGAAUCUCACGGCAAUAACCGUAAAUACAAGUGUGGCGAGUGCGGCAAGACGUACAAGACGGUCGCUCAUGUCAAAGGUCACAUGAGAGUGCACUCUGAUGACAGGCCGUUCCCCUGCUCCAAGUGUGGGAAGAGGUAUAAAACAAAGAAUGCUCAGCAAGUUCAUUACCGCACCCACUUCGCAGACAGGCCCUUUGUUUGCCCAUACUGCCCUAACAGCUUCCGGGAGAAGGGUUCCCUGGUGCGGCACAUAAGGCACCACACAGGAGAGAAGCCUUAUAAGUGCCACAAGUGCGGCAGAGCGUUUGCAGAGCACGGAACACUAAAUCGCCAUAUCAAAACCAAAGGUGGUUGUGCAGCACAUCUGCAAAACUUGGCGGGUUGCGGCAAUACGUCCGUGGCUGAGGACAUCCUCUGCGAGGAGCCCCACACAGUGCUGGUAGAGUUCUCUUCAGUGGUUGCUGACACUCAGGAAUAUAUUAUUGAGGCAUCCUCUGAAGAUUUUGAGACCAGUGAAGCUGCUGAGCUACUGCAGAGCACAGGAUCACAUGAGGUGAGUAGUAUGCACACGUGUAAACUUGAAGUUAAGAUAGUGAACACGGCCAGUCCUGGCCACCAGAUCAUCGUACAGAAUGUAACACUGGAUGACAGCACUGAGCCCUGUAUAGAGGAGAUCCCCACUACAGACACUAUCACCAUAGCCACCCCUGAAUCUCUUACUGAGCAAGUAGCCCUGACCCUGGCCUCGGUUGUUGGAGACGGGACAGUAAUAACCAGCGAGGUCACUGCUGGGGAGGAAAUGGUGGUGCCGGAGGAAGUGGUAAUACCUGAGGAGGUGGCGGUGCCAGAGGAAGUGGUGACACAAGAGGAUGUGGAAAUGGAGGAAGACAUAGGAGAAUUUGUUAUUACCACAAUACAGGAAGAGGAAGUGGAGGUUCAGACUGUGAUUGUGUAGCUGCUUUGAAUGCCGCAAAGAAACUGGAAGCAAAAUACUGUUGACUUGUCU